AUGAAACAGUUCAGUAUUUUGUGUGUGCUGCUGCUGGUAAUGGUAGUCCUGCUGUCUGUCUUUCUGGGCAGCACCGAGGCCAAGAAGAAUAAAGGCAACAGGAAAGUGAAAGCUGGGGUGUGCAAGUAUGACCGCAAGGGCAGCGAGAGUCCCUGCAACACCACCACCAACGCCAUGACCAUCACCCUGAACCUGCGGAAGGGGGACCCUGCAUCCUGCGCACCCAGCAAGACUGUCAGCAAGUCCUGCAAUGACAAGAGCCAGACCAAGAAGAAAAAGGUUAAGGGCUGUAAGUAUGAGCGAAGGGGCUCUGAUUGGACAGAGUGUGAUGCCACCACAAAUGAAAGGACAAAGGUCAUGAAACUGAAGGCUGGGUCCAACCCUGAAUGCCCAGAAACUCGUAGCAAGAUAAAGUCUUGUGGCAACAAACAGAAGGGAUCCCGCCGGCCCAAGAAAG